AUGAAUGCUACAGCAGACAAUCUGGACUAUACAACCACCAAAGUUUCCUACGAAUAUCAAAUUAUAUCCAAGUAUUCUGAAAGCAUCAUUUUCUUGGUCACAUUCAUCAUCUGCUGUAUUGGAGUCCCAUUAAAUGGGAUUGUUAUCUGGCUACUUGGGUUCCAAAUUAAGAGAAACCCUUUCACCGUGUUGAUUCUCAAUUUAGCUAUUGCCGACUUUGGGUUUCUCAUAUCUAUGGCUAUAUUUUGCAUUGACAUUUUUAUACAUUUUAUACCACCAGGAAUUCCCUUUCAAGUUGUCUUUUCCCUCUUCAAUUUUACCUAUAUCAAUGGUCUCUUUCUUCUGACAGCCAUCAGCAUAGACCGGUGUGUUGCUGUCUUCUUCCCAAUCUGGCAUCGUUGUUCCCGGCCAAAAUAUUUGUCCUCUGCUGUCUGUGUCUUCCUCUGGAUCAUCUCUUUCCUCCUGAUUGGAAUGCAUUACAUUAUGGGACUUUUGUUUUUUUAUAAGGCCAUCUGGAAUCUCCAUUUGGUUGUGACUGCUGUGAUUUGCCUUCCAUUGAUCACAAUCUCUACCAUCAUCCUAUUCAUCAAAAUAUGUCUUCAAUCGAAACAGAUGAAACGUGGAAGACUUUUAGUGAUGAUCUUAAUUACCCUUCUCUGUUUCCUUAUUCUUACCCUUCCAUUAUAUAUCUAUGUGUUCAUUACUCAUUUUCUUAAGAAGAGGAAUUUGUUUGGUGUUAAAGAACUGGAUUACUACUUAAGUCCGAGUGCUUCCCUAAACAGCAGCAUUAAUCCAGUGAUCUAUUACCUGGUUGGGAGAAAGAAAUGUGCUUGGAGCAGAGAGAGUAUUAAGGUCAUGUUUCAAAGAGUCUUCAGAGACAACGAAGCUCCUGUAAUCUGA